AUGUCAAGUAAUGCGAUCAAGUUUCGUACGCUCAUCCUACGCCUUACGAUCAUCCUCUCCUGCUGGAUACGAACGUACCAUUCGGCUUUCGCAUUAAACGUGACGGUGCAGGAUACAGACCCUUCGAUUGUGUACCAACCACCAGAGUUAUGGCAUUCCAGCUCUGAUUCCUGUUCUUCUUGUCUAAAUCCCGGAUUUUCGGCGUCAUAUCACGAAGCCAUCCAUCCUGAUGUAACCUCGGACGAGGACGACUCUCUAGACUUUUCGUCUGUCCCUAGCACGGUACACUCGACUCAUUUAUUGAAUUCCCCACCUGCACCGACGGUCGGCUCAAAUGACGAUGAUCAUCAAGACGCGGAUGAUCACGACGACAGAAAAGAUGGCAAGGACGAGGGCCAUUCAGGAAAGGGCAGAAAGCGCUCGUUUUCUCGAGGGUUGAUCCCAAGACUCGAUGCUGAUGACCCCGGGUUCGUCGACCCCUUGAUCACAUUUUCGUUCAACUUCACUGGGACCGCGAUAUAUCUUUUUGGUAUACAGCCUCUUGGUAUGGGACGUCCCAACGAACCUCCAACGAACAUGAACUUGACUUUUACUCUCGACAACAAGCCCGCGGGAGUGUUUCAUUCUACUGGCGUUCCCAGUGCUUCGGGAUUUCGGGCAAACACCAAUGUUUUGUCGAUGACAGCGCUAGAAGACGGUGCACAUCAACUGCUGGUCAGCGUCGGUCGAAACUCGACUUUCCUGUUUGAUCAUUUGGUGUAUACAACGAGCAAGACUAGUCCAACCUCGACAACUGACAGUCCAGCUACGCUGCUGGGCCAGAACUCGCCAAGCUCAAGUGUUAGCCCCUCCACCCGGAAACACAACAUCGCGACUUUUGCAGGCGCCGUUGGUGGAAGUGUCGGUGUCCUAGCGGUGUUCUCGCUCUGCCUGGCGCUCAGCAUCAUUCGACGAAGGAGACUGGCUGCAAUCAGAGACCGCCGCGACCGCGAAUCGCUCUACACAAGUGGCUCCGAUGAUGCACCUCACAUGGUGGGACCAGCCCCAUUCGUCCCGAGGUAUUUCCCGGGCACCGUCAUACCUCCUGAUCCCCCCACCUACACGGCUGCACUGGCGUCCAGUCGCGAUGGUUCGACGCUAUCGGCGUCCAUAUCUAGCACUCGCUAUUCUUCCGCACCACGAUCGUACGCGGACAUUCCUCCAAGCACACCCCCUCCUCUUUUGGACGAGGCUGACAUGAUACCUCCUCCUCCACCCUUCCCAGUGGCUAUACGCUCGCCACCAGCCGGUAUCCUCCAGGAAGGCUCACAAAUACCCUCAAUACCCGGAAGGGAAGAGACUUCGCACAACACUGCUAUCGUGGGUGUCGAUCAUUCUAAUUCUGCUGUUGCACCUGAGCGCGUUCCUUUACUUCAGUCCUCCGAUAGUGACUCAACAAGAAGGCUCCCCCCGCCCUCUGGUCGACCAGCUGACGCGCAUGAAACUCUGGAGACUAACAGCCAUCCGCAGAGAGACGGACCAUAG